AUGAAAAAUGAAUUGUUUCCACAUGUGAUAUUGAAUUUUGUUGAACGCACAGGUGGCACACAAUCUUUGGCGUUGCCCCACUGGCGUUGUUCCGCAUCUAUGCAGAAAAGCCAGAAAAGUAGCGAGCUAGAAGUGCGUGUACCACGGAUUCUAUGA